ACACACAGACCCCGCUAUUCCGUUACAGCUAAAUGAAGCCUGAAAUCAUAAUCGGCUAUGGCCAAGGGAAGAAAGCAUUUCCAGAUACAUAGUUCAGGAACUUCUUCAGGAUGGAGAGCUACAUUUCUUGCCUUUGGGUUCUUGGGAUCAUCUGAGGUAGUCUGACCCUCAUCCAUCUUACCUUUUUGACAAGGCAUAUCUAUUCUUCAGGAGAGUUUUUCUCCAUAGCACAUCAAACCUUGAGCAGUUAAGCAGACCACCAUAAAUGUCUUGCUUGAGGCUAUUUGAGUGUCUCUCCAGACCCUUAAGGUGCUGAGGACUCGUCAUAGUGAUGGAGGAGACAGACCUGAGUGAAAGAGGAUUGCCGCAGAUAACAUCAAUCAUGAAUAGAGUUAGAAACUUGAAAAACAAAUACAGAAAUGAAGAGAAUAUCACAGAUGAGUUUAACUAUGCUAAAAUCUCAGCUGAUACAACAGAUAACUCUGGAACUGUUAAUCAAAUAAUGAUGACAAGAAAUAAUCCAGAAGAUUGGCUAUGUUUUUUGCUUAAACUAGAGAAAAAGGGUGUUCCUCAGAUGGAUGUUAGCCUACUCAAUAGACUUAUUGGUCGUUACAGUCAAGCGGUGACUGCAUUACCUGCAGAAAAGCACAGUCAAGAUGAGAGCUAUGCUCGCAUCCUUGUGAGAUUUGCUGAGUUGAAAGCUCUUCAAGAUCCAGAGGAGGCACGGGACCAAUUUCAUCUGGCCAGACUGAACUGCAAGAAAUUUGCUUUUGUGCAUGUGGCUUUUGCACAGUUUGAGCUAUCACAAGCAAAUGAGAAGAAGUGUAAGCAGAUCCUUCAGAAAGCUGUGGAGUGCUCUGCUGUUCCCCUGGAACUGUUGGAAACUGCUCUGCAAAACUUUCAUUUGAAAAAAAAGCAGUUACUUUCAGAUGAGGAGAAGGAGAACUUUGCAGUAUCAAGUACACAGGAGUCUGGACUUCAGAAUAUAGGUGGAAAUCACAGAAGCAUAAAAAGGAACGAUUCUAGUGAAAAUUCUUCUACUGUUACCAGAUUUUUAAUUAGGGAAGAGAAGUCACAGGAACUGGGUGCCCUAGUUAAUUACCACAAUCCAUUGAGACCACUAAACAAAUCUAACCAGAUUUGCCAAUUUGGGAGGGUUCCUGUUGCCCUACUAUCUGAUGAUGGUGAUGACAUGGAGGAUUCAGAUGUCCCACUCACGGCUAGUGUUACUAAGAGGCAAAUGUCCAGCUCCAAACAAACAGCCUUCGUUGCACCUUUUCCACCAUCAGAACCAAAAUCUAGUGGGCAUGAUUCAUACAGCCUGGGAGAUUUGCAGUCCUUACAAGAAAAAAUGGCUUUACAGUUGCAGAUGUUGGAUAAGGGCAGCUCAGAAACAGCUACCAAUUCAACUGUAACUCUCAAAACCAAAGUGGAUACAAGUCUUGUGACGAAAAAAGAAGAAAAUAAAGUUCAGCAUCAGGAGCUGAAGAUGCCAGAGCCCAGGAGUCUGGAAAGUCAACAGCAACAAUCUAGUUUUGGUGAAAGCUAUAGAAAGCAGUUGGAGCAGAUUAAACUAAACUGUGUUAGUGCCAGAAAAAAAUGGCCAACUCAAGAAGUGUCACAGAAAAGCUGCUAUGGAGAGGGAAAACAAAUGAACCUUGAACAGUCUGGUCAUCCUGUUUCAAGACAAUUAUCGCCACCAGAUGCUGUUGCUAAGAAAAGUGACCCAUCACAUGUUUAUGGAACACCAAGCACCACAUCUAAUGAUUAUAUGGCCUGUUUCAACACACCAGUUGUAAAGGACAAGCUUCUACCAGGAUGUCAAAUUUCUACUCCCUACAGCCAGUUCCCAUAUUAUUUACCACAUACUCCAGCAACUCCAUUUCAAAAUCAAAUUGGCUUGCAGGUUCCAGCUUCUAUACCUUCACAUGAAUGCCUUGCCAUCAAUGGCAGAGUUUAUACAGUAUUAAAGCAAAUAGGUAGUGGAGGCUCGAGUAAGGUGUUUCAAGUACUGAAUGACAAGAAGCAGCUGUAUGCUGUCAAAUAUGUGAAUCUAGAGGAAGCUGAUCAACAGACUGUUCAGAGCUAUAAGAAUGAAAUUGCUCAUCUGAGUAAACUGCAGCAACAUAGUGAUAAGAUCAUCCGCCUUUAUGGCUAUGAAAUCACUGAUCAACAUAUCUACAUGGUAAUGGAGUGUGGAAAUAUUGAUCUCAAUAGCUGGCUUAAGAAGAAAAAAAAGAUGGAUCCAUUGGAACGAAAGAGCUAUUGGAAAAAUAUGCUGGAAGCUGUUCACACAAUCCAUGAAUAUGGCAUUAUUCACAGUGAUCUGAAACCAGCAAACUUUCUGAUAGUUGAUGGAAUGUUAAAACUAAUUGACUUUGGCAUUGCAAACCAAAUGCAGCCAGAUGUGACAAGUAUCAUUAAAGAUUCUCAGGCUGGCACAAUGAAUUAUAUGCCACCUGAAGCAAUAGAAGAUAGGUCUUCCUAUGGAGAAAAUGGCAAGCCUCGUUCUAAGAUAAGUCCCAAAAGCGAUGUAUGGUCACUAGGAUGCAUUUUGUACUGUAUGACAUAUGGAAGGACUCCAUUUCAGCAUAUAACAAGUCACAUCAAUAAAAUGCAUGCUAUUGUUGAUCCAAGUUAUGAAAUAGGGUUCCCAGAUAUUGCUGAGAAGGAUCUUCACGAUGUGCUGAAGCGCUGUUUAAUAAGAAAUCCUAAGGAAAGAAUUUCUGUUUCGGAGUUGCUGGUACAUCCCUAUGUUCAAAUUCAAAGUCAUUGUCAAACAGGUGUCCCAAAUGCAAAAGGAACAACGGAGGAAAUGAAACGUAUCCUUGGCCAGCUUGUUGGCUUGAAUUCUCCCAAUUCUAUUUCUAGAGCUGCGAGGACUUUAUAUGAACAGUGCAACAGUGGUAAAACUCUUGAUGUAUCAGCAUUUGCAAAACCUGGGAGUCAAAAAACAUGGACAACAAAAUGAUGUACUACUGCUCAGGAGGCAACAAAUGUCUGGUCUGUUCAAAAAGUAUUUUGUGCUGCUAGCUUUUAAAAGGACACUCAGCAAAUAGUUUGCAUUUUAUGUUCUUUGGGUUCUUCUGAUAAUGCUUUCUAGUCAUUAAAAAGAAUUUAACUGAAUGCUUCUCACCGUGGGCUUUCACUCCUUGCAUGCUGCUUGGGUCAAGCAAUGACAAUGGCUACUUGGUGAUUUUGAUCUGUGUUACUUACAAAGCACUACAGUGUCUGGAGUACAAAAACUUGUAUGAGAGUCUUUUAGUUCUCUUGUCCCCCUGAAGCUAAUAUAAAAAAGUUCCCAAAAAAUGCCAAUUGAUGUACAAGAAAAACACGAAAUAUCUUUUAAAACAUCUCCUAAGGCAUGAACAGAGUGUUAUGCUGUUCUGUCUUUUGCAACAAAUACCUCUUGUCCAGUUUUGACCAUAACCAAGGAAAUGAACACAGUAUAAGCCACCAGUUACAAUAUUGGCAGAUGCAUGUAAAUGUCACCCAGUUUUUGAGCUGUUCCUGUGGUUAAGUGUUAUGAUGGAAUCAUCAGUACUGUUAUGAACUUACAUGAAUAAAUGGCUCUUGUAUUAAAAAUGCUA